UUGAAUAUUUUGCCAGAUAAUUUUACUAUAAUUCGUGGUUUAUCAUUAGCACGGCAAGAAAUUGAAAUUCAAAUAGUAGCAAAAUCUUCACGACAAAACUUAUAUUCUAGGAUUCAAAAUAAUUUAGUUGGAUUAACUGGAAGAUGCAUUAUUUAUUGUUCAGGACCAAAUUCUUGCCAAGAAAUAUUUAACAAUUUGCAUGGAAAUCUUACAUUUUCUCUUGGCUUGUACCAUGGUGAAUUGGAUGGAGAGCAACGUAAAAUAGCAAUCAAAAAUUGGCAAAUGGGUAAGAUUCAAAUUAUGAUAGCAACAAAUAGUUUUGGUAUGGGGAUCAAUGCACCAGACGUAUAUCUAAUAAUUCAUACAACUAUACCUUUAUCAAUGACAAAUUUUAUACAAGAAAUCGGAAGAGCAGGGCGUGAUGGAACGCCUUCAAAAAGUAUUAUAUUUUAUUCAAGAAAUGAUAUACGGACUUUGUUUUUAAUAAUUACACGAAAAGAAGAAAGGUAUAAAUAUUAUUUUCUAUAUAUGUAUGUAAUUAAUUUUAUAAAAUCUGACAAUGUAUUAGUUUACCACAAGAAAAUGAUGUAG